AUCUUUCUUGUACCCCCCAAAAUGCAUAAAUAAAUCCAUAGAGUAGUAGGCCGUUACCCCCCGGCCCGGGAGGCGACACAUGGCCGCACCACAACACCUGCUGCUGCUCGACCUCCGGUCAACUCACGCUCCCAGGUAGCUGCUAAUUGCUGUUCAUCAACAAUGGCCAAAAGCUUAAGGAGUAAGUGGAUACGAAAAUGCAAGAGGGAAAAGCGCAUUAGAUAUGGUAAAAAGGAGCUGGCAAGUCUCCUGAAAGUGGUAGAAAAGGCACAGGGUGAAGUUGAAAUCAAGGAUGCUGUUGAAGUUGUGAGAUCUGCUAAAAAAGAAACUGAUCCAUCGGCAGGUGAAGCAAUGGAAGCAUCGUCAUCAUCAGAAGAGAAGCAAACUAAAUUAAGAGCUGAACUUGAUAUAAAAAAAAUUAUUAAAAAAUUUGGUACUGCACCUAAGUGGAUGCACCCACGUAAGGUUAAGAAAAUUAGGAAGCAGAUGGCUGUUGAGAAAUCAAAGAAAAAAAAUAAAAAGUAAAUAUAC